CUCUGUCCUUCUAAACGUUGUCGUUUCACAUGGCGGUUCACCAAGGGGAGAAAAUAAAAAUCCCGUCUUUUUCCCCUCAUAUUCUCGUUCCUAAGCUGUUUCCAGGAUUAACUUUUUUUCUUCAAUUUCAUUUGUCGUCAAAAUCAUGAAACAUUCAGUAAAUCGACCACCAACCCCAGAUGCUGCAGAAGAUCAAGGGAAAGAACCCACCCUUCAAGAAAUUAUUAACAUCAAGUUGAUUGAGAGUGGGGAAAAAGAGAGAUUAAUGGAGUUGUUAAGAGAAAGGCUCAUAGACUGUGGUUGGAAGGAUGAGAUGAAAGCUCUUUGCAGGGCACAUGUUAAGAAGAAAGGAAGAAAUAAUGUCACUGUAGAUGACCUCGUGCAUUUGAUCACCCCAAAAGGCAGAGCUUCCGUUCCUGACUCCGUAAAGGCUGAGCUAUUGCAAAGAAUUCGCACGUUUCUCAUGUCUGCCGCUCUUUGAUCAUCAGCAUACUUUGGUCAUAGCAAAGUGGUGGGAAAUCAAUAGAGAUGUUCAUACUUGCUAGAUCGAUUUCAAUGGAAGCCUUGUUUUGUUUAAGGUGAUGUUAUUUACUUGAAAUAGAAGAAUACCAUUAGGUCAAAUGAAUUAUCAGUGUUCGCAGGCACAGCAAGUUGGAUGGAAUUUCGUUUAUCCAAUCUUGCUGCGAGGGGAUCAGCAAGUUAUAGAUGUUUCCAGUUGUCUACUAUUGUAUUUAUUCCCUGUUUGCUGUCAGCUCCUGGGUUUAGAUGAAACAUUGGAGCAAAAAACCUCUGGUUUUAGUCCUCUGAUUGAAGUCAAAUUUGUUCAUCUUCCUUGGGAAGGUUGACCUUAUGGAUGAUAAACUAUUAUGGCAUGUUUCAAUGAAUUCUUGGUAAAA